AUGGGAAGUAAAUGGACUAUUAGUUACUUACGAGAAAUUUGGCAAAAGCACAAACCAGACUUCUUGUUCCUCUCGGAAACAAAGAAAGAUUUUGAGUUUGUGCAGGGAUUUCAAACGCAUUUUGGAUUUGAUAAUUUGGUGACGGUGGACCCCAUAGGAACAAGCGGUGGGCUGGCACUCUACUACAAUAAUGAAUUUCAGAUUCAGAAAUUAAGGGAACAAGUGUGGGAGCGUCUAACUAGAUGUGGGUUAUCAAGGUCAGAUCCUUGGUUUAUGAUUGGAGAUCUAAAUGAGAUAACCGGAAACCAUGAGAAAGAGGGUGGUGCUUUAAGGCAUCCAGAUUCUUUUGUCCCUUUUAAUAAUAUGAUUCGUAAUAGUGGUUUACUGGAAUUUCCGGCAAAGGGAAAUAAAAUGUCAUGGCAAGGAAGGCGAGGAAAAGGUAAAGGGGCCUUUAUGGUUCGAUGUAGGCUAGACAGGGCACUAGCCAAUGAAGAGUGGCAUACUCUUCUCCCAUGUUCCUAUACAGAAUAUUUAGGAAUGGUGGGCUCGGAUCACCGACCAGUAGUUGCAUAUUUGGAAGAUAAAGUUAUAAGGAAAAGAGGACAAUUUAGAUUUGAUAAGAGAUGGAUUGGUAAAGAGGGUUUUAUGGAAUCGAUUGCGAUGGGCUGGGCGAAAGACUAUGGAUCGGAUCAGGUGGAUAUAGUUAAAAAGAUUAGCAACUGUCGACAUGAAAUUGCGAAAUGGAGGAGAAAUAAUCCACCAACUGGAAAAGAAAAAAUAGGGGAAUUACAGAAAGCACUUGAGGACGUGCAGAUGGAUGAUUCUAGGACCCAGGAGGACAUUAUGGAGGUAUCUCGGAAGCUUCAGGAUGCGUAUAAGGAUGAGGAGGAGUAUUGGCAUCAAAAGAGUCGAAAUUUGUGGAAUACGUUAGGGGAUCAUAAUACCAAUUUUUUUCAUGCUUUAACAAAACAAAGGAGAACACGCAAUAGGAUUGUGGGACUCCAUGAUACCCACGGGAAUUGGAUUACAGAGGAUACUGGUAUUGAGAAAGUGGCAGUAGAUUAUUUUGAAGAUUUAUUCAAUACAACCUCACCUACAGAUUUUGAGGGUUUUCUGGAGGAAAUAAGGCCGGGUAUUACGCCACAGAUGAAUCAGAGGUUGCUGCGGCAGGCAUCUGAGGAGGAAGUCCGAACUGCUUUAUUUAUGAUGCAUCCAGAAAAGGCUCCGGGGCCUGAUGGAAUGACAGCUCUUUUCUUCCAACACUCGUGGCAUGUGGUGAAACAGGAUUUGGUGACUAUGGUAAAUAAUUUCUUAAUAUCGGGAGAGUUGGAUUCAAGGUUAAACAUGACUAAUAUAUGUGUUAUGUCAGAGAUUGAAAAUCUGUCUUCCAACGCUGAUCUCAGAGACUCAAUCGGCAUUUGUGGCAGGGAGAUUGAUCUCGGACAAUAUUCUGAUAGCUCAGGAAAUGUUUCAUGGUCUGCGAACAAAUAA